AUGGUGAGGAAAGAAGAGUACUUUGUACUAGUUUGUGGAGCAGAAGGGGUUGGCAAAACUGUAAGUUUUUUGGUUUUUUUUUGUUGUUUUUUGUUUAGGAGACAAGACAGAAAUUAAUAAAGCUUUAAAGAGUUGUAAAAUACGUUAUCAUCAUCAGCCCUUUUUAAAAGUUGUUAGAAUGCAAGCUUAUUGAUACUUCUAAAUGUUAUUCUCACUUUUUUAUGUUUAAAAAAUGUCAAUUUAUCUUCAUGAACAAUUGAGGUACCUAAAAUAAUGUAAAAUUGUAGACGUUUGCUGAACAGCUUCGUGUUCAAUGUGAUUCGAGGUUUAAAAUGCCAAAGAGGACGACAUCAACGAUUGGCUUGAACUGUAUGUUAGAUUAUACUUCUUUAUCAACAAAAUUUAAAUCUUUUAAUUCAAUUCACCUUGUUUUAGUGGUCAAGUUUGAAACUGAUGGAUUUAUUUUAAAUUUAUGGGAUGUUGGAGGUAACGUGGAGUUGCAAGAUCUUUGGACAAAGUAUUUGGAUGAUUGUCAUGCUAUAAUCUUUGUAGCAGAGACAACAACAGAUACGGGGAAGAUCAAGGAAAGUCUACAAGCAUUUGGUAAGAUAUUCUUUAUAGUUUUAUUGGUUUUAAGGUUAAAAUACGAGAUUAGUUGCCAUUUUUUCUGUUACCAAUGACACGUGGACACGAACGCAUUAGUUUUAAAUGUUAAAGACUUUUAAAAUGCCGUAAAUAUGUUAAUUUACAAAAAAGUUACAAGCCAGAUGUCUAACUUUAAAAAUUUAGGUAUAAAAUUUGACAUUCUUUUGUAAAACUGUUUAAAAAGUUAUAAAAAGUAUAUGAUCAACCAUGUUUGUACAAAAUUUCUUUCUAUCGGACUAUCAGUUUUUAUAGUUAUCCCGAAAUUACUCUGACCAUCGUGAAUAUCAUGAAGUCAAGCUUUCAAUUGCCAUAACUUUUUCGAACAACAUUUUUUGAAGACAAAAUUAUGAUAUAUAGUUUAUUAAGGUUUAAUUUAUCUUAUUUGAAAGUUUUAGCCAAAAAUCUUGUCAGCUUUUGCAGUUACAGAUGAUAAUAAGAAUGCUAUCAUUGACCUAUCAAGUAUAGCUUUAUGAAUUUUUUGCCGUUUUAUGUUUUUCAAAGAAAGUUGUUGCCAUUUUAUUGUUUGUAAAGAAAGUUCUUGCCGUUUCAUUGUUUGUAAAGUAAUUUCUUGCUAUUUUAUGCCUUGGGAAGAAAGUUCUUGCUUAUGUUAUCCAAAAGAAGCGUUAAUUUGUACCUUGCAGCUUGCGGGUGUCAAUUUAUACCAUGAAUGCCAUUUUUUGAUUUGUAGACAAAGUUCUUGUCAUUUUUUGUUUUGUAAAGCAAGUUUUUGCCAUUUUAUGUUCGGGAAAGAAGGUUCUUGCAAUUUUAUGGUCUGUAAACAAAGUUCUUGCAAACUUAAAAAAAUGCGACCUCAAAGUGACUCAGAGUUUAUUUCUGUCAUUUAAUAUUAUAAUAUAAUAGUUUUUGUUCGAAAAGUUUUCGAAAAUCCCGUAAAAUGGUGCAAAGUCGACCGAGAGUCGACUGGAUAUAACAAUAUUUUGGUAUAAAGAAAAAGACAAAAGGGUAAUAUAACGUGAAACUGGUGGAAUAAUAGUGAUAAUAACAAUAAGAGAUGUAUAAUUACAGUCGUAUAGGAUAUAUAAGGUAUUGAAGUAAAAGAUAUUUUAUGUUACAAUAGGGGGAUACGGUAAAAGCUACUAGUAGGAUACGGUAGACGCUAUAAAUAGGAUACAGUAGCUGCUAAUAGGAUACAUAUUGAAUAAGAUAUAAGGUUAGAAAAUGUUUAUAAUUAGGUUUACAAUAGUCAUAUGAAGAUAAUAAGGUCAUUUUGGUAUGGAACUUGGGUUUAGACUGUUAUCAUAGCCUAAAAUAUGUAUCAAGGACAUUGUUUUAGGUAUCUUAUGGGACUGAAUCACUGUUUUUUUAAUAGAUUUGGUCAUUUCUAAUCCUAAAAAUACUAAAAGAUCUUUUUUUUUAGAAAAAUGUUACCUAAAAUACUACUUUUUGGAAAAAUAUUACCUAAAAUUUGUUUUUUUUUCAAAAAGUGUUACCUAAAAUACUAUUUUUAGAAGAAAAAGUCAAAAAUAGCCCUAAAAUUUAAUUUUUCUUACAAAAUGUUACCUAAAACACUAUUUUUCUAAAUAAUGUUACCUAAAAUACUACUUUUUAAUAAAAUGUUACCUAAAAUCUAAUAAAAGUCAUUUCAGAUCGAGUUCAGUCCCAUAAAAAGGCCCCAACAGUACCAUUAAUGAUUCUCAUGAACAAAUCAGACCAACUAGAGGAAAUUGUAGACGACUGUCACAUCGAAGGCCGAAUAAGGGAUUCCAAUAUCUCUCGAGGCGAUCUCUUCAAAUUCAUUGAAAAACAGGAAAAUACCCCAAUUGGCGUGGUCGAUACGAGCUUUUUGGUCGAUAAAGAAGCUAAAGUUGUCGAUAAGGAUGUUGUAGUUGAUAAGGCCGCUAAGGUAUUCAAUAAGGAUGCCAAGUCAGUCGAUGAUAAGGUCAAAUCGACCGAAAACAACAUGAAAGUGGUCGUUAAACCCCAACUAUCCGACUGGCAAAGCUUCAGCAUCGAAUCGACCGAACCAGAAUCGAGUACAGCUGACGAUGUGAAUCAUAAACUUCAGAAUCAUUUCGAUUCCAGUCAAAACUCGUCGAAUUUGAGUGAAAUUUCGUGGAAAAACGACCAAAAUUCAUCGAAAAUCGACCGAAAACCAUCGCCAAACCCUCAAAAAUCGACCAAAAAUGGUUGGACCGAGACGGACGAUGAACAAUAUGAUCAGUUCAAGGCCUACGGAUGGGACUUUCAAGAGCCCAGUCAUGGUGAAGGGGCUGUGAAAGAGGUUGAAGAUGGUAGAAGGGGCCAAAAUGAUGUUGUGGUAGGUGGAAAUGGCGAAAUUGAUGUUGGAGAUGGUAAAAAUGGUCAACUUGGUUUGGAAUCGGCUUCACGGUAUGAUGCUGUUCAUAGUAGAAGUACUGUGGAUGAUGGUGAGCACGGUAGAAGCCAUCAGAACGAUGUAGAUAACGGUAGAAGCCAGAACGGUGAAGUGUCAAGGAAUGUAGAUGUACAAGAUACGAAGAAGGAUAAUGAUAACAGUGAAGAUAUAGUAAACUUGAUGGAAGUGUUGCGCGAACGUGCGGACGACUCUCACCGUGCCGACAUGGCCGUCUUCUCGAUUUCCGCUCUAAAAGUACACAAUUUGGAACGUUGCAGGUGA